AUGACAUCUACAGAGAACUCACAAGAGAAACUCAAGAGGACCAAACAUGACAGCAGGCCGACUAGUGCUGCUUCUCUGCCUCACUCAUCCACAAGCAGUGGUCAACCGUGGAAAAUCAAAUCUGACAACACAAACAUAGCAGACAGACUGAAGCUAGAGCCGGACUGUUCUCUCAAAAUUAUCAACUUCACCUCUCAGGAUGCGAGAGAGUACAUCUGUCGACAGUUCCUGACGGAAGAUGGAAACCAAAAGGGAGAAGACCGUCUUGUUUAUCUUUCUGUACUCACAGUUUCCUCCUCAAUUCCAGCAUCAGAGCUGAAGGCUGACACCAAUGUGACCUUCUACUGCCAUUUGGCCAUCCAUGACGAUAGCCAGAAUAACAAGGGUGACAUAAAGCUAGUGUGGACUGGCUUUGACCAUCAUCAGGUCAAGGAUCCAUAUAAUAUCUCGUUCACACGAACAUUGACAAAAGAGGACAACAAUAGGAAGCUGCAGUGUAAAGUGGAAUGGAAGGGAGAGCUGAAAGCCACUGAGGACUACAUCAUCAAUCUACAAGGUGCUGUGGUUGGGGCUGUAGCUGUGGCUCUGUGUGCAUUUCUAGUAUUUCUCUGGAGGAGAAAAGCAAGUGCCGAUUUUCGAUGUUCCUUCCCUCCCUCCCUUACCACCACCAGUUUGGCCUUGUCCAGACGUCCGGGGGGUAGGCUCCGCCACCUGCCGUUGCAUUUCGGCAGGAUCUGCAAGGGUCUGCACAUUCAGUGACCUGGACCGAGGACGAGGCCUACACCAAAGACUAUCUU